AUGAAGCAACAUGGAGAACGGGGCUCCAUGUGGGGCCUGGACCGCAGCCUCAGGUCUGGCUGGGGGAGCCGUCUCCUCGUUGGGCAAUUCCGUGCCAAGCCAUUUGGGAGACUUAGAGCCCCUGUCAUUUUUAUUGGUUUUGAUGGUGAUUUGCUGUCAUUAGGGAUUCAGGUCUCAUCUUCGCGUCUGAGAUCCUCUGAGUAGCCCGGUGGUGGGGAAGGGAAGAGAGGCACAGGCCGCGGCAGGCAGCCUGAGCCUGACCGUAUAAAUCCGGGAGGGGGGCGGGCGGGAGCGCCUGGCCCGAGGCUGAGCAGCAGGAAGCCCGAGGCAGCCGAGUCGCGUUUUGCUUCACUCCAAGCGACCAUGAGGGCUGCCACGCGGCUCUGGGUCGUGCUGCUCCUGGUGACGGCCUCCGACUGUGCGGUGAUCACCGGGGCCUGUGAGCGGGACGCCCAGUGUGGGCCGGGCACCUGCUGCGCCGUCAGCCUGUGGCUCCGAGGCCUGCGGAUGUGCACCCCGCUGGGGCGGGAGGGAGAGGCAUGCCACCCCGGCAGCCACAAGGUCCCCUUCUUCGGGAGACGCCAGCACCACGCCUGUCCCUGCCAGCCCGCCCUGCUGUGCUCCCGGCGCGCCCCCGGCAGGCACCGCUGCUCUGCGGACUUGAAGGAUUUCCACUUCUAGGAGCUCGUCUCGUCUCCGGACACCACCCGGCUCUUGGUCUCUUAUGAACUUUUAUUUUCUUUCUGCCACGUGGC